AUGAGAAACAUUUAUAGGAAAGAGCGCAGCUGAUAUUCUGGUUAUUCUACAUUACAGAAAAUAGGAGUUGAUUUUGCAAUUUACAUGAGCAAAAUACCUGCCCGGAGGCGAUGGAAAUAUGGCCAGCGAGUGAACUGACUUUCCUCGAAAAGGACUUGGAUUAACUUACAGUGACGCCAGAGAGUUGGCAAAUCAUUAGUUUCAUCAGUUAUUAACAUAACUAAUACACGAUAAAACAGUCAUUCAUUCGAUGUCACGAUGGACGGGCCGAUGCGUGUGUUGGUGACGGGUGGCAGUGGGCUGGUGGGACGAGCGAUAGAGCGAGUGGUGAAAGAGGGCGAAGGGAGAGAAGGAGAAGAAUGGGUAUUCCUCUCAUCCAAAGAUGCCAAUCUCAUGAGCGCUGAAGAGACGAGAUCAGUCUUCCAGAAGCAUCGUCCGACACACGUCAUUCAUUUGGCCGCCAUGGUGGGCGGGCUCUUCAGAAACAUGAGACAGAACCUGGACUUCUGGAGGAAUAAUGUAUUUGUCAAUGACAACGUGCUGCAGACAGCUCAUGAGUUCGGGGUGGUGAAGGUCGUUUCUUGCCUGUCCACGUGUAUUUUCCCAGAUAAAACCACCUACCCGAUAGAUGAGACCAUGAUCCACAACGGUCCGCCACAUGAGUCUAAUUUCGGUUAUGCCUACGCCAAACGCAUGAUUGAUGUCCACAACAGGGCGUGUUUUCAGCAGUACGGUCGGAGAUACACAGCCGUCAUCCCCACCAAUGUGUUUGGACCCCAUGACAACUACAACAUUGAGGACGGUCACGUGCUUCCAGGGUUGAUUCACAAGACAUAUCUGGCAAAGAAGGAAGGUAAACCUCUGCAGGUCUGGGGUUCAGGUCGUCCUCUACGGCAGUUCAUCUACUCUCUGGAUCUGGCUCGUCUGUUUCUGUGGGUUUUGAGGGAUUAUGACGAGGUGGAGCCCAUCAUUCUGUCAGUCGGAGAGGAGGAUGAGUUGUCCAUAAAGGGUGCUGUGGACGCUGUGGUUGAAGCGAUGGGUUUCAAAGGUGACGUGAUUUAUGACACUAGUAAAGCAGACGGUCAAUUCAAGAAAACCGCCAGUAACGCCAAACUGUGUAAAUACCUGCCAGACUUCAAGUUCACACCGUUCAAAGCAGCUAUGAAGGAGACGUGCGAUUGGUUUGUGGCCAAUUAUGACAUCGCCCGUAAAUGAAGAUCUUCACAUCUCAUUGGACGAGGUUCUGGAUUUCAUAGUAGCUUUCAUUGGCCAAGGACCAGAGGCCGUCUGACUGAAGUGUAAAACAACCAAUCACAGUUCGUUUUGUGCAGCAUCACGUUUAGGGACGUGAA